AGUCCCCAACGCAACCUACAGGCACUGGGAACUUGCAGGCAGCCGGGGACCGCUGAAUCUAGCACUUCGUUCUCUUUCUUUGUGUUCAAAACUAUUUUUCUUUCUUCCUUAGAUUUUGUUUUCCUCUCCCCCCCACUUCAACCCCCUUCGUCAGUUGUUUUCCAUUAGUAACUCGAUCUCUCCUUGCAGUUAGAAUCGCCUGCUUUCCCCUCCGUCCGCGUUUGUUUGUUUUCUGCACAUCUUCUGGAAAACGCUGGAUUCCCCCCCCCCCAGCCCCCUUCCCUGUCGUUCUUUUGCCUCGGUCUUUUUCCUCUCAAGUAGAGCUAUUUCUACUCUGUCCUUUUCUUCUUUCCUCUCUUGUCCCUGUCCCCCAACGCGUCUCUACGCUCCGGCAUCGCGCAGCCCUGUGCGGUCGCUUUUGCUUCUUCACUCGAAUGAACUGAGAGCCCCAGGCGUGUGUUUAUGGAAAUAGUGGGGUGCCGAGCAGAAAACAAUUCGUGUCCUUUCCGCCCCCCAGCCAUGCUCUUCCACGGAAUCUCCGGAGGCCACAUCCAAGGUAUCAUGGAGGAGAUGGAGCGCAGAUCCAAGACGGAGGCCCGUCUGGCCAAAGGCACUCAGCUCAACGGCCGCGACGCGGGUAUGCCCCCUCUCAGCCCGGAGAAGCCUGCUCUGUGCGCCGGCUGCGGGGGCAAGAUCUCCGACAGGUACUAUCUGCUGGCUGUAGACAAACAGUGGCAUCUUAGGUGCCUGAAGUGCUGUGAAUGUAAACUGGCCCUGGAAUCUGAGCUCACCUGCUUUGCCAAGGACGGUAGCAUUUACUGCAAGGAGGACUACUACAGAAGGUUCUCUGUGCAGAGAUGUGCCCGCUGCCACCUUGGCAUUUCCGCCUCGGAGAUGGUCAUGCGCGCCCGAGACUCCGUCUACCAUCUGAGUUGCUUCACUUGCUCCACUUGCAACAAGACCUUGACCACGGGCGACCAUUUCGGGAUGAAGGACAGCCUGGUGUACUGCCGCGCACACUUCGAGACCCUUUUGCAAGGGGAAUAUCCACCUCAACUGAGCUACACGGAGCUGGCGGCCAAGAGUGGCGGCUUGGCUUUGCCUUACUUCAAUGGCACUGGCACCGUGCAGAAGGGGCGGCCCCGGAAGCGGAAGAGCCCAGCUCUGGGAGUGGACAUCGUGAAUUACAACUCAGGUUGUAAUGAGAACGAGGCAGACCACUUGGACCGGGACCAGCAGCCUUAUCCACCUUCCCAGAAGACCAAACGGAUGCGAACUUCCUUCAAGCAUCACCAGCUCCGGACCAUGAAAUCCUACUUUGCUAUCAACCAUAACCCAGAUGCCAAGGACCUCAAACAGCUUGCUCAAAAAACAGGCCUGACCAAAAGAGUUUUACAGGUUUGGUUCCAAAACGCACGAGCCAAAUUCAGAAGGAACCUUUUGCGGCAGGAGAAUGGGGGUGUUGAUAAAGCUGACGGCACGUCGCUUCCGGCCCCGCCCUCAGCAGACAGCGGCGCUCUCACUCCACCCGGCACUGCGACCACUUUAACAGACCUGACCAAUCCCACUGUCACUGUAGUGACAACUGUGACCUCUAACAUGGACAGCCACGAAUCCGGAAGCCCCUCACAAACUACCUUAACGAACCUUUUCUAACAUUGGUUUUUUUGGUUUUGUUUUUUUGUUUUUUAAAAGAAUUCUUUCUCUUUUUAUUAUUAUUCUAAUAUUAUUAUUUUAUUAUUUACAAGACUUUUUUUCUUUCUUCUAACCCACAAGAUAUUUGGGGAAUAAAAUAGCAGCUUGGUGUGGUGUGUAGCAUCUACACCACUUGGCUAUGAGUUUACAGAAUUGUCGCUUUUAAAUGAACAAAUUUGGUCUGCAAGUUGUAUUUGACCUUUUUUCUUUAAUCAGUUUUUUUUUUUUUUUUCAGUUGGUAAUAAGUGCCUCUUAAAAUUGUAUGUUACUUGUUUCCAGAAUCUCGAAGGGAAAAAAGAAUGGUAUUAUGAUGGGCGAAUUACAUUCCUUUUCCUGUGAUCAGGUUAUUAAUGAAACAGAUAUUGUUUUUUAUCUUAAAAUUAAAAA